AUGGACACAGACCUUAUACCCGCUCCCCUUCAAAAUCUUCCGAAUGUAACUUAUGUUGAGGAGCCCCCUGUUGAUAUCCGCCCAGACCUAUAUAAAACCUCGGUCCUCAAAAGACAUGUCCUUGUGACUGCUGGUCAUGUGGUUGACGACGCCCCAUCCAUUCUGAUCCAUGGGACUGACAACAAGACAUACAAUGCAGAGGUUGUUAAGCAGUUCGAGCGGUUCCUUGGCGUGCCCCGAUUUAGACUGGGGGAGCAAGAUGUACCUGGUCCAGUCUCCCUUAACCAGAUAUGUCUCCUCGAACAGCAAGAAAUCCCCAGUGAAAUACUACAAUGCACCUUUUCAUCCGUCGAUUGUUGUCGCUUAAGUAUGCCGGAUGAUAUUGACGACGACCCUUCGCUUAUGUUCCGUGCCCCGAUGUUUAGUGAUAUGUCGAAACUGUGCAAGUUCAUCGGGAAGGAAUAUGGAAUUCGAGUUCACAAGUAUGGUGCGGCAAGUGGUUUGACCAAUGGGACUCUAUCGGAUAUCCAGCAGCCUGUUCUUGAGCUCCCUGCAUACCGGCUCAAGGUCAAGUGGGACUCACCCGAAGAGCCGUUUGCGGUUGGCGGUGACUCUGGGAGUCUAAUCUGGGCAAAGGAUGGGGAAACCAUUAUUCCUCUAGGUUUGCAUUGCGGAUCUGAUGGGACAAUAAGCUAUUCCUUGUCACUUCAGUCGAUCUGUCAAAACAUCUCAGACUUGCUUGAGGCCGAUUUAUUGUUCUGUGUUUCAGAAGAGUGCGGAUUUGAUGCGGUCUGUGAUAUGCCACCUGUUGACUCCUGA